AAAAAGAAACUCAACUGCCAAGUGAUUGGUGCUUCUGUGGAUUCUCACUUCUGUCACCUGGCAUGGAUCAACACACCCAAGAAACAAGGAGGACUGGGACCCAUGAACAUUCCCUUGAUAUCAGACCCCAAGCGCACCAUUGCUCAGGACUAUGGAGUCUUACAGGCCGAUGAAGGCAUCUCAUUCAGGAGCCUUUUUAUUAUUGAUGAUAAAGGUAUCCUUCGACAGAUCACCAUAAAUGACCUUCCUGUUGGCCAUUCGGUGGAUGAGUCGCUGAGACUAGUUCAGGCCUUCCAGUUUACUGACAAACCUGGGGAAGUAUGCCCAGCUGGCUGGAAGCCUGGCAGUGAAACCAUCAAGCCUGAUGUCCAGAAGAGCAAAGAAUAUUUCUCUAAGCAGAAGUGAGCACUGGGCCAUUUUAGGGCCAGGCUGCAGUAGGUGGCCAUGAGAACAAACCUCUUUUGUACUAUUGUCAUGCUUAAAACACAAGACCUUACACUCAGCCCAGAUGUGGUGUGGGACAGGACAGGCCUUUCCUGCAGGGGUUGGGGAGGCCAGCCUUUCUUCCUCUGGAGGGAAUGGCCUGAGCUGUAUUAUGGGGCAGGCAAACUGACGUGUAUAGUAGUAGGGUAUCACUUUUGGUCUUUUGUAGUUUUAUUAAACUUGAGCUGAG